AUGGCAAUAGAUUUGGGUGUGCAAGAAUUAAUUGUGUUAGGAGAUUCUGAUUUGCUUAUCCGACAAGCUCAAGGAGAAUGGAAAACUCGAGACCUCAAGCUCCUUCCAUACAGACAAUGUGUGGAAGAUCUUAGCAAAAGGUUCAUGUACAUCGAGUUUAGAUACAUCCUCAGGUUUCAUAAUGAUUUGGCCGAUGCCUUGGCUACAUUGGCCUCAAUGCUUCCCUAUCUGGGAAACACUUACAUCACCCCAUUAGAGAUUCAAGUUCGGGACCAACAUGGCUGUUGUAAUACAGUGGAAGCAGAACCUGAUGAAGCGGAGAAAAUUAUGAAUGAAGUGCACGCUGGGGGAUGUGGACCACGCAUGAAUGGAUAUGUCCUUGCAAAAACGAUACUCCAGGCGGGGUAUUAUUGGCUUACCAUGGAAAGGGAUUGCUUUCACUUUGUGAAAAAAUGUCAUCAAUGUCAAAGCCAUGGUGAUCUCAUUCAUUCACCUCAUUCAGAGUUGCACCCCAUGACUGCUCCUUGGCCCUUUGUUGCAUGGGGAAUGGAUGUAAUCGGACCAAUUGAGCCAAAAUCCUCUAAUGGACAUCGAUUCAUUUUGGUUGCAAUUGAUUACUUCACCAAAUGGGUGGAGGCGAUAACUUUCAAAGCAGUCACUAAGAAGGCGGUCGUGGAUUUUGUUCAUUCAAACAUUAUUUAUCGAUUUGGUAUCCCAAAAGCUAUCAUCACAGAUAAUGCUGCAAACAUCAAUAGUUAUCUGAUGAAGGAGCCAACGGAGCUGUGGAGGCAGCCAACAACAAUAUCAAAAAGAUUCUCAAAAGGUUGGUUUAAGGCACUAGACAAUGGCAUGAGAAGCUGCUUUGCACUUUUAGGAUAUCGCACAACAAUGCGCACCUCGAUUGGUGCAACUUCUUAUUUGCUGGUGUAUGGAACUGAGGCUGUGAUUCAAGCGGAAGUCAAAAUUCCAUCUCUUCGAAUUAUUGUCGAGGCUGAAAUUGAAGAUACUGAAUGGGUCAAAACCCGACUAGAGCAACUCGCAUUAAUAGACGAGAAACGACUGACGGCUGUCUGUUUUGGUCAGCUUUAUCAGCAAAGGAUGGCUCGUGCAUACAACAAAAAGGUGCACCCAAGAUAUUUUGAAGUGGGUCAACUGGUCUUAAAGCGCAUUCUCCCGCACCAAGAAGAAGCCAAGGGAAAGUUUGCCCAAAAUUGGCAAGGUCCAUAUCUUAUCAAGGAAGUAUUGUCCAAAGGAGCCCUGCACCUUACUGAUGUGGAAGGAAAAAUCACGGGCAUGAUUGUUAAUGCAGAUUCAGUCAAAAGAUACUACAUCUAA